GCGGCUACUUGUUUGUUUCUUUAUUUCACGCAGGUAUCUCACUCCCUGCCUCUCCGCAGCAAGUCACCUGGAUUAAAUAAAAAGAAAAGACAAAGAAACAAGAAAACAAAGACAAUUAAAAGCGACGUGCCCUCCACCCGAUGUGAAAAAGAAAGAGGGGGAAAGGAGAGCAGAUAAAACAGAGCAGAGAAAUGGGAGCGUUUAGGGUGCUGCUGGGGAGUUUGCAUUGCAUGGGACUCUACAUUCAACUUAGUGUCUCCACGAGGCAAGCUGGACACGGAGAGAUAGAGAACCACAUCUCUGGGAACGCCAUGUUCACAGAGGUGCCUCACGAUAUGACUGCCCAGAGAGGUCAGGAUGUGGAGAUGGCCUGCUCCUUCAGAGGGGCAGGAAUGCCCUCGUAUUCACUGGAGAUCCAGUGGUGGUACAUCAGGAACCAUCUCGACUGGACGGACAGACAGUCCUGGACAACCAAUGAAGUGGCUCCUGAGGAGGAGAUGCCAAAGGAUGCUACGAAGAUAAGUGUGGUGAAAGUUGUAGGAAGCAACAUCUCCCAUAAACUCCGCCUCUCCCGGGUCAAGACGUCUGACGAGGGCACCUACGAAUGCCGGGUCAUCGACUUCAGCGAUGACGCAGGUGCCCGCCACCAUCGCGUCAGGGCCUACCUGCAGGUGGUGCCAGAGAGCGACAUCAUCGACAGCAACCACAACGACAACUUUGAAGCCGUGGACGACACCAAGAGAGAGGUGGGAUUUGUUGAUGGGGGCGACUUGCAGUCUCACGGUGGCACCAGGGAGCACGCUCACGGCCAUCACCAGAAUCACGGGCACCACCAGGAGAACGGCAAGCGGCCUUCGUCGCCGGUUCACCACGGCCACAGCCACAGCGGCAGCAAUCAGCAGCACAAGGCAGGCAGAGAGCUGAGGAAGAGGGACAUGGACAGUAACCACAGCCACAAUGACUGCACCAACGAGCCAAGCUGUGCGCUGUAGAUGUUGGCUCAUUACACCUGAGUGAUAGAUUACAUGAGGAUUGCAUAACAUGAUGUGUGUCACAGCAUAAAAAGCUAUUCUUCCCACACAGCGCAGACCUGUGCACAAAUCCACAUCCCUGGAAAUUUACAGUAUGGCUUAUUCAGAGCACAGUGCUGUGAACUGUGCAGGGAAUGUAGCUUUUUCUUGCUGUGCCAUGGGUCUGGGUUGGACUGCUCACUGUCUGUAAAGCCUGGCUUCACGACAUUCAGCAAGGGUGGAGGGGGGGCUGACAUGUAGAUCUAGGCAGCUCCAGUGUUUCUGGUCUUUGCACCGACAAAAAAGAAAAAAAUAAAGACUCUUGUCCCACUAUUAACCCAUGCUCUGUUCCACUCUUGUACUUUAGAUACUGUAAAUGACACAACCCUGCUUUCACGCUCACACUUCUUCCACUGCCUUACUCUGUCAUUUGAUACACCCUCAGAAAAAAAAAAAAAAUUAUAAUGUUCUACCUUUUGAAAUUGGGUCUGUCCCCAGUAGAAGAAAAUGUUCCGUUUAUUCUGAGAGUGCACUGAAUGAAACCCCAGCCUCAGUAAUUCUUUUGUUAGAAAUCUUGUCCUCAGCUUUUUACUUAAAGCACAAGCUUCAUUACAUCUUUUUAUGCAUUCUAAUAAUGGACAUGAAUGUGGUGCAAAACUUGUAUACACCCCAAAUUCAGCAAGUUAUUCUGUGUUUACUCCUGGGAAGAAAGAAAUAUGCUUUCUUCAGCAGGAAUUUAUCAGAGUCCCAGAGCAGCAGUGCUCAUCAAGGACAGAUACAUCCUCAUUUCAUUUCAGCUGGAGUAAAAACAGUGGCAGUGUAGAAAAUUCUGCUACCACAUAUGCAUGCAAACAAAGCACAUCGCAGGCUGUAUUUUCCCCACAGCGAUUCUGAGUUUAUGAACAACAGCACGACAUAAAGUAUGAUUUCUAAUUCACCCCUUGUGCUACUGGUUCGAUCCACUCGUGGCUCUUCAGGCUGAGAGAAAUCAAUCGUAUUGUUCCAUGUGGACACCACCUGUUUGGAAAGCCAUGAAAAGAUCAAAUCUGUGCUACUAAAUUAAAAAUCUGAUUUGGUGUGCCUGUGAAUUUAGACUAAAAAAAAAAAAAUGUGAUACUGGUGCAAGAUGCUUUUUGGGAAGAGCAGUGCGGUAUUCCUAUCCCAGCUUAGUUCUCUUAUGGCGUGGCUCUGGCCCAGUCCUCAUCAAUCAUUGAAAAGCCUCAAUCCUCUCCACGACAAGCCUCUAAUCCACUCUGUAUAUAUGACUGUAUAAUAUGAAAUAAAGUGAGUGCAUGUUCAGUAAUUUUCUUAAAACCUUUUUCAACCAACCAUACACAAAGACAGUGUGUUAGUUAAGGAUAUUUUUGUCAUUUAUUAGUUUGGUCAAUUAAAAAAAAAUGUCCAUUCUGUUCUGAAUCUCUUUUUUUCUACUUAGGAAGUCUGGUCAAAUAGAGAUCCGUUGCUUUACUGCUCUCCAAAAGUGCUGUACAGACAGAUGAAUGACACAUUCUCUUCAUAGCUGCUCAGAAAGGGGUUUCCCUAAUGUAUCUUAGUACUUAAGCAGUGUUUCUUAAACUACUGUACUGGAUAUGCAGGGCUGC